GUAUAUAAAGGGACACAAGUCCACUACCUUAAGCACAUCAAACACCUCUUUCAAUUUUCAAAACUUUCUUGCAAAUCAUGGAUGCACAAAAAGUUUUCAUCAUCUUUUCCCUCUUUAUUUCUCUAUCAUGUGCCACAAAUGUGGUUGAUUUUUGUGUGGCGGAUCUCAGUUUUCCCGUUGGACCAGCGGGGUACCCUUGUAAAAAUCCUGCUAAACUUACUGUAGAUGAUUUUGUUUACUCUGGUCUAAGUGUUGCAGGUAACGGGUCAAAUGUUUUCAAACUCGCAACAAAUGUAGCAUUUGAUGUCACAUUCCCGGCUUUGAACGGUCAAGGGAUUUCCAUGCUCCGAGCAGACAUCGGUGUAGGUGGAGUGGUCCCACUCCACUCACAUCGAGUGACAGAACUUAUCUAUAUGGUAUCGGGCACGAUGAUUGCGGGUUUUAUUAACUCCGAUAACAAACCGUUCUUUAAGACCUUGAAUAAGGGAGAUAUUAUGGUCGUUCCACAAGGAUCGUACCAUUUUGCCGUUAACACCGGAAACACUCCGGCCAUUGCAACGGCUACUUUUAGUAGUGCAAAUCCUGGCAUUCAUGUUGUUACCACAUCGAUUGCUGCCAACAACUUGCCCACGGAUAUUAUUCAGAAGAUCACUUUGUUGGAUGCUAAGCAAAUUCUUCAAUUGAAAAAAUUCUUUGGUGGCUCUAAUUAAUAUGAGUACAAUGUACGUUAGCUAUUGAACAGAGUUGUAUUUUAUCUUUUUCUUAUAAUAAUAAUAUUAUGAUUUAAGCCAAUAAACAAGUACUUGGUAUGUUUUUUACAUUGUUAUUUGAUUUGGAGUAUAUGGAUAAUUAUUAAUAUUACUCCCCCCUGAAUAUUCCAACAUGUUGCUGACACACGAACUUUUAUUUUCCAAUUGUUUCUAGCGGAAUCAAAGAAGUAGUCAUUGAUAACCAAAAUUAAAAAUGAAAGAUGUGAUUGGUAUGGUUUAUGAAUUGAACAAUACGAUCAAUUUAUAGGAGUUAAUCAAUUAUAAAUUUGAAUAUGAUUAGAACUUUCAAUAUCUAUCUUGAAGAGUUAUAUUGCAUUAAUGUAACUUGGAAUCAUUACCUCAAAAAAAAAAAAAAAAAAAACUUAAAAUUAUUAUAUGAUUAGAAUUUUCAAAAUUUUGUAUUU